UUCGUAUGAUGUCGUUCCCUUUCAAGGGACUACUCUCUCAGUUUCUUCUCAAAACAGAAAGAAGCCCUAAUUAGUAAUUGCAAACAUAUAGGACUGACUGACUGGUUUAGAAUUUAGAUUAGAUUAGAUUUGUUGGUAGCAGAAAACAAACGCAGGCUUAUUUUGAAUCUGUCGACAUGGAUGUGCAAAGCGACUUCGAUCGCAUCUUCUUCUUCGAACAUGCUCGCAAGACCGCCGAAGUCACCUACGUCAAAAACCCACUCGAUGCCGAGAAUCUGACAAGAUGGGGAGGGGCGUUGCUCGAGUUAUCGCAAUUCCAAAGUUUUCCCGAUUCAAAGAAGAUGAUUCAAGAGGCGAUAUCGAAGCUGGAGGAAGCAUUGGUGGUUAAUCCGAAAAAGCAUGAUGCUCUUUGGUGCUUGGGUAAUGCACACACUUCUCAUGCUUUUAUGACUCCUGGUCAAGAUGAGGCCCAGGGUUAUUUUGACAAGGCAACUCAGUAUUUUCAGCAAGCUGUUGAUGAGGAACCAGAUAAUGAGCUUUACUGCAAAUCCUUAGAAGUGGCUGCUAAGGCCCCUGAGUUACACAUGGAGAUCCAUAAGCAUGGUUUGGGCCAGCAGGCUAUGGCAACGGGACCUUCCACUUCAAGUGCAAAGAGCUCGAAGAAAAAGAAGAACAAUGAUCUCAAGUACGAUGUAUUUGGAUGGAUAAUACUUGCAGUUGGCAUUGUUGCUUGGGUUGGAUUCGCAAAAUCUCAUGUACCUCCACCUCCUCCAAGAUGAGCCAAUCAUUUGUCGUGGGGUCUUUUGUGGAACUACAUUCAUUAGUUUUUUUUUUUUUUUUUUUCUCUCACAUGUUAAAGUUGUCUAACUAUUCACAAGUUAAUUUUUGACCUGAGUAAAUGUUCUUUGCCAAUGCAAACUGAUCUUUAAGAAAUUGUAUCCUCUAUAUGGGAUAAUUAUAUAUUUUAUCUCUAGUAAAUUAUGGUUAGGAAGCUUUUUUGGA